GUCCCCUGAGUUAUGGAUGUUGGUGCACUUACUUCAGGCCAGAUCAGAGCUCAGAGGGAUCUAACCAGAAGCAGCAACCACCGGCUCUCCACUUGCCUUUUACCAGGUUUUACCCAUCCAGUAUGUUUCUUUUGAUAAGACAUUUUCCAACGCCCAGAGUUUCAGUACAAUGUGCAAAUGGAUACUGACAAAUGGUGCCUCAGCCUUUUCCCACCUGCCUUGUUGCUGCUUGCUGCUGCUCUUCUUGGUGUCUUCUGUGCCUGUCACCUGCCAUGACCUCGGCCAGGACAUGCUGUCCCCGGAGGCCACCAACUCUUCUUCUUCAUCAUCCUCCUCCUUCCCCUCGUCCUUCUCCUCUCCUUCCAGUGCGGGGAGACACGUGCGGAGCUACAAUCACCUCCAAGGAGACGUGCGCAAGAGGAAGCUCUACUCUUACAACAAAUACUUUCUCAAGAUCGAGAAGAACGGCAAGGUCAGCGGCACCAAGAAGGAGAACUGCCCCUUCAUGACUGCAUCCCGCUACAGGAGCGUGCUGAAGAAGUCAUCUCUGUUAUGCAAGCGUUGGGCUCCAGUGCUGGAGCACCGCUCCCUGGUUCUGGGGUUCUUCAUAAAUCCAGAGAAACCCGGGGAUAAAUCUCCCAUUAAAUUAAAACUACUUGAGGAGGCUGAAGUAGCUCUCUGGCUAGCUAAUGUGUCAAGUACAGAGUACUUCAGCAGGUUGCCCUUCUGUAUGACAGACAUCACGGUUAAUUCUGCUGUAUUUCUAUUAAAUACUCAUAACGUAGGCAUAGAGGUAGGGAGGAGAAGGCUGAUGUAUUGUAUGUCACUGCUUCAUUUGCUCCACCUUGCAACUUUGUACUUUAUCAUGCACUUCAUGUUUGUAAAGGCUUUAGAUGUCAAGGCAGCUGUGUCUUACCACCUCCCUUUUGUGUUUCAUAGAAAGCCGAGUUCUUGAAAAACAGAGCUGCGCUUUGACAAGUUUGCUUAGAACCAGGUCCUAGCACCGUAUCUCUUAGAUCACUGUUUUAUGUAGAGGACAGCAUGAUUCCCUGAAUAUGCCAUUCUGAAAUCUUUGUGUGCAUCUCUGCAAACAAAAAGCCAUGCUGCAUAGAGCACUGCUGCAGUGUGGUUCGUGAGGAGCCCAACCUGACAACAGUGUGUUCAGAGAGGUAAAUGCUCUUCUGAGCAGCCUCGCAGAGCCAGCAGAGCUGUUCAGUGAGUAAAGCUGCACACAUACAUGAGUUUCUGUGGGAUCCCACCAAUAAGGGGGAGAGUAAACCAAAACACUCAUAUAGUUCUUUCUACUUUCAGUCUGCAUGCAAGAACAACUCUGGGUAACGGUGGGAUAUGAUUGGUUUUCCUAGUUUCCAGUCAGUGCAUCAGAAAGAGAAUUUACAUUCUUUGAGAUGUCCUGGUUAUUUUUUCACAUCUGUGGAGUAUCUACUGAAAGACAAAAGAAUGUAUUCGAUAUAAAUGCAAACCAAUCGCUGUGUUAUAUGUAGUUGUAUCCUAUCUCUCAAGUUUACAUGCAGUGAAGGAAGUACUCGUAUGGUCCUACAGCGCACAGUUAGCUAACCCCACUUGCGCCACAUUGUGUAUAACAUACUUAAGCACAGAAAAAUUAGGCUUUUCCUAGCGAAAGACAGGUCAAACAGUCAUAUCGAACAGUUAUAUACUCAAAAUCUCUUCCUCUCAACACCUCCUGUAGCUGUGUAAUCAGAAUGCUACAAUGCCACCACAAUUCCCAGCCAGGCUGAUUCCAUGCAAAUAUGUGGUAUCAUUAAGGUAAUCUGAAAAUGUGUGAUUACAUGUGAAUAAAUUUCUGCCAUGCAUAGAGGGUUGGCCAGCCAGCUCCCUGAACUGGAGCCUACUUAGCCUCAAAGGCUAUUUAAUCCCUAAUAGGAGCUCCUCCUUCAAUACCAUGCUAGACUCGCAAGAGUGACUAUUGGAAUACAAGACUGUGUUUGGAAUCUAGUCUGGGGGCUGAUUUUCUCAUACAGUAAUGUUUAGAAUCCAUUUAUGCUGACAUGAAGCCUUAUCUGCAGUGCUCUAUGUUGUGUAAUUAGGCAACAGCUUUCAUGGCUGCCUGCCAGUUAAGCACUGUCAAGUAAGAAGAACAGUUGGAGAAAGUCAGAAUAAACACAGAAUUUAGUCCUCAGCCUUUAAAAUUGUUCAAGAAGCAUUAGUAGCUCUGCUGUGUAAGUACUGCGUAGAGUGCACUAAAUAAAAGUUUACUUUGGCAGAUGCUUUCCAACUUGAUUGCCUGGAACCUUUCCAUCAGCUUUUCUCUACCUAUAGGGCAGCAGGAGCAGAGGUGGCUGCUGACAAUGCUGUCAGGAGGUUGGAGGAAACAGCAUUCAGCAGAGCCGGAGCGUGUUUGUCAGUAGAUACAAGCAGGACCGUUUGCAGAUUUUUGUUCUAUUGAUCCUUGCAGCCAAAGCUUUGUCUUUGGAAUGCAACAGCUCGGUACUGAAGUACUUACUCAUCCCUCAGCACUGCAGCUGUGAUGUCCCUUUCCCGUUUGUGUUGGGGACCUUUGCGUGCAUGAACCAGGGCAGCUGUACUGCUUUCUGGAGAUUAUAGUAUUUGUGGGGGGAAAAACAAAUCCUCAAACUCUCCAGUGAGUAGUCAAAAUGCUUUUGCUGCAACCUGACAUCUGGGAUGACCAACAGGACCUUUAGCCUUAUAUAAAAAUGGAGAGAGCCUCACACAUCCAGAUUCAGACCUGUCCUGCACAUAGAAAGAGGGAGGAAGUCUUUGGGUUUGAAGAGCAGCAGGCAUUGGGUCUGCAUGACAUAAACCAGCACAGGAAAACUUCAACAUAUUUUUGAGUAAUAUGCUAUUUUUAAUUGAUGUUUAAGGCAACUGUAAACAGUGCUAUGAAGCUCGUGACCUUCCCAUCUACAGCACAGACCUUAGUUGAAGAAUGGUGACGCAGUAUGUGAUGCUUAAUUAGCAGCAGCUAACCUGCAGUCUGCAGUGGGAGUUGUGCCCGAGCGCGGACCGCAGGACGAGGCCGUUAGGUAGAUGUGUGACUGGGGAGCGGAGGUCGUGCAGCCGAAGCUGCAUCUUAGUGGGAAGGAUGACCGGAGCGUUUCCUGCGGAGCAAGCGGUGCUAUGCAAAGCUUACGGUAGGUGGCGGCACAGCCACUGCGUGGUGUCACCUCUGCUGGACGUGGUGGGAGAGAAGGGAUUGGGUCCUCCGCUCCGUGCCCUGUUAGCUCAAGCGAAGCUAGAAGGGCUGACGCCACCUGACAGGUUACUAUUUGGCUCUCAGAGCUUCCAAAAUGGAUUAAUCCAAACAGUGCAAAGACACUGCAAGUGCAGAGUGAGAGCGUUCCCAGGGAGAGCUAGCAUGAAAUAAUUAGCUACUGCUCACAGGCUAAUCUGUUCCAGGCUUUUUCCCUGAGUAUGUAAUUAUCUUUUAUGUAUGGCUUAAGGAUCUCCUGGCAUUCCUGAUAGUCUUUGGUUUUGCUUUAGUUAUUGGGAAUUUAGGUCAGCAAUAUAGCGAAUAAUGGCCAGAAAUAGCAGAGCCUUAUUCUGCAGCCCAAAAGAUCAUAGAUAGCCAAUCUAAUUGCUAAAUAUACUGAUUAUCAGUGUUAGAGGUUUUAAGGGUGCAUGAUGUAUAAAAACACAUAAGUACAUACUUAUGCCAAAUGAUGGGUUGCAUACGCACAGCAUUAAAAGAGUUCUGAUUAAUCAUACACAACCUGAUAGUUAGUUGGGUGUUUUAUGUUUUGUUUUAUUUUGUAUACCUCAAACCUUUGUAGCUACAAUAAUCUCGGAUAGGCAGCCCGAAGCAGAUUAGACUAGUCAGUAAAAUAUGCUAUUUUCCUACCACAGUUGUCCAAGCUGGCUGUUUGGGGUUAUCGACUCCUCACAGACUGCUGUUUCCAAAUUAAUGUGAGAACUUUUCUCCAUUUUUUUUUUCCUAAAGGAGGGCUAGUAGCCAUGUGUAUUGUUGCUUUAUUUAGAGACACUUUAUUUUGCUAUAAAUUAAAAACGUUUUAAAUAGGAAA